AUGGGUAAUAAUUAAUCCUGUUGUUCUGUAAGAAUCAGAUAACCAUCUAAUACUUUAGAUAAAAAAGAAGUGUUUUUAUUAUGUGAUGUUUUAAAACACUCACAAGAAGGCAACUAAUCAACUCAUUUAGAUUAAUAAUGUUUUGAAAGAAUAUUCUAAGAUAAUCCUCUCUUUGGUUAAUAAGUAUAUGAGUAUUGUCAAUUUUAAUUAAAAGUUAAUCCUUUACCUCUAGAAGGGUGUAUCAAUAUACGUAAUUUAUAUAUUAAUAUAUUUCUAGUUUAAGGCAUACUUAGUACUUCAGAUAUUACACCUAUUUGUCUAUAGAUAUGUAUGGAAAAUUAUGAUUCCUAGUUACAAAUUAUCACAGCAUAAUAAGCAUUUUAAUUUAUUGGGGUAUUUAAACAAAUUCUAAUUUUUAAAGUUAAUAACGUCUAUCUUUUUAACUUUUUGUAUUAGAAAGUAAUAAAUUGAUGCCUCCGUUUUGGAAACUUUGGUUAAUUCACUUUUUAAAGAAAAAUAAAUGAAAAUUAAUGAAUUUUUAUCAAUAAUGGAAGCUAAUUUUCCUCAUGUUUAGAAAUUAAUUCGUUUAUACUUAUAAUAUAGAUUAUUGUAGAAACCAUUUAAUUAAAUGAGAGUUGCAAAAAUUGAUAAGGAUUCAUUUAGUUUAAAAUAUGAAUGGUUAGCUAUUAUGGGAUUGGCAACUUCAGAAUUACAUAGACAUGGAUAAUUAACAUUAUUAUAUUAAUCAGCAUUAUAAUCUAUUAAUUUUCAAGAUAUAUUAAAUUUUAUGUAAUAAACAUAAAUUCUAUUUGUUGCAACAUUCUAAGAUGAAUAAACUAAUAAAAAAUAAACUAUAGCAAUAUAUAAUAAAUAAUAAUGGUAAUUAGAUGCUAAAGAUUCAGAUAAUAUUAUUGCAUUUUAAUUAGCACCUUAUUUUUACAUUUAUAGAUCUAAAUCUAAGAAUUAUUUUAAUACUAAUGGUUUUGGUUAUAGUUUAGAUUCAAAGACUAAUAAAUAUUUAUUAUGGAUAGGAUAAUAAAAUAGUUAUUUUUGUAAUUCUCAAAGAGUAUAUCAAUAAUAUAUAAUUUAUUAGUUAUUAACUAUUGAAAUUUGGAGAUGUGAAGAACUAUAAUCAAAAUUAAGAAAGAGUGUUGUUAUUGAAGAUGAAAGAACUUCUACAUUGAGUCCUAAAGAUUAAAAGAAAAGAGUUUCAUUUAAAUUAAUGGAUGAAAAUCAACCAACCAGAAAAAGUUCAUCUGUUACUCCAACAACUAGAAAAGCCAACUUAAUAGAAAAUCCUGCAAUUUCACCUCCUCCUAUCUAACCUUUGAAUACUACUUAAUCAUUGUAAUAUUAAUCCUACUAUUAGCUUUCUUCAAACUACUCAAGAUGGUUAGGAGAGUCCUCGAUCACCACAUUUCAAAACUGAUAAUCUUCCCACUUUUAAUAAUCCUCAAGGAUAAAUUAUUAAAUCAUAUCCAAAUCCUACUAAUAUUACAAAUACAUAAUAACUCACUAGACCUUCAUAAAAUAGACCAUCUUAAUCUAUUAUUGAUAAAUAUUAGAAUGGUUAAAGAUAAACUAGAAGUUACUCUAAUAAUGAUAUUAGAAAAAGUGUAGAUGAUAUAUUAAAGAGAUAUGAAAAAAAACAAUGA